CGUGGUUUGGAUGAAGGACGGCGCGCGGCUCCUCGGCAGCGACCAGAUGUUCGUCGCGCUCGGGGAGAAACACUGGGAGACCUACCACAGGUACCCGCGCCGCCGCGUCAGGGUUAUUGUCAUUGGUUGAGCCGCUCCCGAUGAGGUCACGCAGAACGGGAAGCGUCCGCUCGACCUCCGCCGAGUCGCUCUUCGUCGCCGCCGGGCCUCACCGAGUCGCGCCGCGUUAGCCCGAUGCUAACUCAAGUCAGCGACUGGGAACUCAAUUUCCCACAAUCCUCUGCCAGCCUGAAACGUCAGCCGCGCGUUGAUCCCGCCGGAAUCCCGGCUCAGUCUCUCCGUGCACUUUUGGAUUAUGAGCCUCUGCUGGUCCUGUUCUGUGUGGGACCUCAGUCCCAGUCCAAGUUAAGUCAAGUUUAUUUGUGCAGCCCUGAAGCACAAAAUUGUCUCAAAGCGCUUCACAGGCUCACAGUUGACAAAGAUCAUCGACAUCCUCUGAUCUAAACCCCCAACUGGGCAAGGAAAAACUCCAAACCCCAUCUGGGAAGGGAAGAACCUUCUCAGGACCUCCUGGAUGACCAAUAAAUGUCGAGUGGGCAACAUUUAUCACAUCCGUUAGGGCCGCAACUAACGAUUAUUUUAAUAAUCGAUUCGUCUGUGGAUCAUUGUUUUUCGAUGAAUAGAAGAGUCAGGUUUUUAAAAAUGUUCACCCCUUUAUUCGAAAACAGGACAUUGUUUCAAAUUGACAGCGGAGAAAAAUGCCCAAAUGGAUGAUGAGUCAGUUGCGGGUUGGUAAGAAAAUUGGGGAAAAUGUUGAUCGUUUGCCAAAGUAGAAGAAGAUGAAACACAAAGAUAAUCGGCCUGCUUUAUGAUUAUAAUAAGUAUAUUUAGAAAUAUUAACCGUUGUUGAGAGGCUGAAAUUCCGAGGAUUUGCACAAUUUGAGGAUAAACAAGAUCUGUAAAUCGAAAAUCAAAACUCAUUAUUGAUGAAUUUGGUACUGGAUUAGUUUUUGAUGAUUCGUUGCACCCCUGGAGUCCAUUUCAAGAGACGAAGCGGGAAAACGGCUCUGCCUCGGUCGGAGCAGAAUCCUCCGCGGCGACGUCUCCGGGGAAGCGGUCCGCCGCAUUCGCUUGGUGUAGAAUUCAUGCGGCGACAGUCUCCGAUUUGGUUAGUAAGGCAGUAAAGCAGGCCAAAAUCCAGAUGUCGGGGGAUAAGGCAGAGCAAGAGGCAACUAGCAUGCUGCGUGCGAUUUAACUAAAUGCCAGAGUGUGGAAGGAUCGAGUCUUAAAUCAAGAUUUCAACAUUCCUACUGAUGUAGCCGCUCUUAAUUUCCUCGGGAAGAGUACUGGAGCCCAAACGGAGAACGCUGUCAGAGUUGCCAAGAGACCAGCAUGUUGCAAAGGUAUAGGUUUCGGGACGCAACGUGCGGUACCGCAAAGUCGGCGAGGUCGGAGGGUGCCGAGCCGGGUCAUGUUUGAUCGUGUGAAGUCGGUCCAGCAGCAGGAUGCGGGUCAGUACUGGUGCGAGGUGGACUUCCACGGUCGGACUUUCGCAUCCGAACGGGCCUGGAUCACGGUUGAAGGCGUCCCGCAUUUUGUCCGGGAACCGCAGGACGUGGCCACGCUUCCCGGCGAACCCUUCAACCUGACCUGCGGCGCGGUCGGACCGCCCGAGCCCGUGGAGGUUUUGUGGUGGCUGGGAGGCGUCCGGGAAGGAGGCGCCACGCCGUCCCCCUCCGUCCUUCGGGUCCCGGGUGUCAACGACACGCUGAAGUUCUACUGCGAGGCCCGGAACGCCCGCGGAAUCUCCGUAUCCAGAACCGGCACGGUCUACAUCAAAGCGUCGCCGGCAGCUCCCGUCGGACUGAAGGUUGCUGAGAUGUUGGGCGAUGAUGCCUUGUUGUCAUGGCAACCAGGAUUCACGGGUCACUCCGAGCUUUCCGCCUGCGUUGUCCAGCUGCAGCGCGCGUCUCCCGGUGGCGCCGUCUUCCCCGAGUCUCCGGUGCCCGUCCCUCCUCACGCGCACGUCCUCCCCGGUCUGACCCGCCACUCGAACUACAGCGUGCGUGUGGCCUGUCUCAACGAGGUGGGGGCGUCGCCCUUCUCCGCCUGGACGCGCUUCCUCACGCCCGAGUCAGUUCCCUCGGCGGCCCCGAGGAACCUGACCUUCGACUCGUCCCGGCAGCGGCUGAGCCUCCAGUGGGCGGAGCUCCGGGGGGAGGAGCUUCAGGGAGAGCUGCUGGCCUAUAAGGUGCAAUGGAUUCUGGGCGGGGAGCAACAGGUGUCUGUUUGCGUGUGUGCACGUGCCCCCCGAUGGCUUGCCGUCCAUCCGGUAUUGCGUGCAUGUGUUUGCGUGCGUCCAGGAGCCGCUGCUCUUCAAGGAACCGUGGGCCCGCUUGUCGGGCGGCGGCCGCUUCUUCAAUGCGUCCGUCCGGGUGUCGGCCUGCACGGCUGUCGGAUGCGGACCCUGGAGUCCCCCGGUUGCGGUUCUGCCCGCUGCGGGUGCGUUAGCCGUCAGCCCGCUGACAUGCCGAUGACACAAAAGCACGCUAACGAACGUGUCGUCGACCACGCAGGUGGCCGCUCUGCGUCCGCGGGCGCCCCCGUGGAGCGGAACCGCCUUUGGGUGGGUGUUCUUUUCGCCCUUCUGGCGCUGACCGUGUCGGCGCUGCUUUUUUCCGUCUUUGCUCGACGGCGUGGGAAGGAAAGGCACUUUGGUUGGGUUUUCCCGCCCGCCGGCACCGACGCUCCCGUCUCCUUCACGGCCGCUCGCUCCUUCAACAGAAACGCCGGCGACCCGCAUUUUUCCACGCUGGGCAGCCUGGGUAUCAGUGAGGAUCUCCAGAACAAACUGAAGGACGUUCUCAUCCCAGAGACGCUGCUGACGCUCGGACACAUGCUGGGCAAAGGUGAGUUCGGCUCGGUGCGCGAGGCCUCCUUGAAGACGGACGACUCCCGGGUCCGGAAGGUGGCGGUCAAGGUUCUGAAAUCUGACAUCACCUCGUCAGGUGACAUCGAACGGUGCCUGAAGGAGGCGGCCUACAUGAAGGACUUCCGUCACCCCAACGUCAUCCGGCUCAUUGGAGUGAGUCUGCACCGACGUCACGCUCGGCGUUUGCCCGUCCCCAUGGUGGUCUUACCCUUCAUGAAGCACGGAGACCUGCACACAUUCCUGCACCUGUCCAGACUCGGCGACUGGCCCUUUGACUUGUCCGCCCCCGUGCUGGUUCGCUUCAUGUUGGACGUGGCUCGCGGGAUGGAAUACCUGAGCGCUCGGAACAUCAUCCACAGAGACCUGGCGGCCCGCAACUGCAUGCUGGAUGAGAACAUGGUGGUGUGCGUGGCAGACUUUGGCCUCUCCAAGAAGAUCUACUCAGGAGAUUAUUACCGACAAGGAUCUGUCUCCAAGCUUCCCGUCAAGUGGAUCGCUUUGGAAAGCUUGGCCGACAACGUCUACACUACGCAGAGCGACGUGUGGUCCUUUGGCGUCACCAUGUGGGAGGUGAUGACCCGCGGCCAGACGCCGUAUCCUGGCGUGGAGAAUUCCGAGAUCUACGAGUACCUGAUUCGAGGAGAACGCCUCAAAAAACCUGCCGAGUGCAGACGAGACAUCUACGACGUGAUGCACAGCUGCUGGAGUCCGGUGCCCAAAUGUCGGCCUACGUUCCAGCAUCUGGCGGUCCUGCUGGAAGAGCUGCGGCUCAGCUUUUUGCGCGCGCCCCCGUACAAGGAGUCCUUACACUACGUCAACCUGGACGGGGAGGGGCGGGAGGCAAACAUGGCCCCCGAGUCGCGGCGGGCAGACGGCCGGAGCGCCCCCUGGACGCGGGGUGCCGAGACCGACGAGCGGGAUUGGCUUACGGCGGCAUCCGGCGCCGCCACGGCCAUCGGCGGCGGAGACUACAGGUACAUGGAGGACCUCGGCGGAGGUGCCCGAGGGGGCCACGGGGCGGGCGUGGACAGACUGGAUGAGGACGACGACGCCGUCAUCCACGUGUGACCUGAUAGGACGGCGCUUGAGACAAGAAAUGCUGACCGCACACUUGAGUUCUGCACACUUCCCGUCGCAUUUUUUUUAACAUGCUGGUUAAUGUGAAUGUGUCGUGUCCUGACAAAUUAAACCUCCCGCAGACAUGCGAGUUCACUCAUGUUAAAUGGAAGAAAAAAACUGCACUCAGAACCUCUGCCAAGGUUAAACAACUAACAAAAGUGGCAAGCGUCCGAUAGCCAACAUGCGCUGAUGAGAACGAGCCACCAGAUGGCAGUGUAGGGAUUGUUAUUGUGAGGAUCAAGCCCACCAUUUUGGAUCGUGAACGCUUCCACUGAGACUUUCUCAAAUAACAACUUCAUGGCGCAGGUCUUGUUUGUUUGUCCUUAUUUUAGCUAGAAUGCUACAUUCUGCUUAAUUUACAAUGUAUGAUUUUAGGAACGGCACGGUGGGCGACUGGUUAGAGCGUCAGCCUCACAGUUCUGAGGACCCGGGUUCGAUCCCCGUCCCCGCCUGUGUGGAGUUUGCAUGGUCUCCCCGUGCCUGCGUGGGUUUUCUCCGGGCACUCCGGUUUCCUCCCACAUCCCAAAAGCAUGCAUAAAUUGGAGACUCUAAAUUGCCCGUAGGUGUGCAUGUGAGUGCGAAUGGUUGUCUGUUUGUAUGUGCCCUGCGAUUGGCUGGCAACCAGUUGAGGGCGUACCCCGCCUCCUGCCCGAUGACAGCUGGGAUAGGCUCCAGCACGCCCGCGACCCGCGUGAGGAUAAGCGGCUCAGAAAAUGGAUGGAUGGAUGAUUUUAGGAUCCAAUCUUGAUUCAGAUUUGGACCAAAAUUUAAUGCUUCAUGCUAACCAACAAAAUGGGUUAUAGUAUUUGUGUAAUAUUGCUUAAAAUAGGUACUAAGCCAAUGCUUAGCUAGCACUUGUUAGUCAGAUUUCAGGCAAUGUACUUGCACCAACUUAAUUGCAAUGCUAAGCUAGUGGUUUAAGCUAACAGACACUAGUUUUGUCCCACUUGUUAGCCAAGUUCGGGGGCAAACUGCUGACGCCAAUUUGAGCGCAGUGCUAAGCUAGUGGUCGAUGCUAACAAACACUAGCAUUGUCCCGAUAGAGAGGCUGCAUUUGAAGGUUGAAGUUGUCCCAAAGCCACACGAAGGAAAUUCUUCUUUUUCCCCAGAGGAUCCAUAGCAACUGUCCUGAGUAGUGACACAAUUAAAUAGUAUGCAAAGCAUUAAAAAGUUUGUGCAUCAUGAUCUAA